AUUAUUUAACUUGUAAAAUAAUUUUUUAAAUUGUUAAUCUAUAAAAAGAAAGUUUUUUUUUUUAUAUAUAAAAAUGAAAAGAAGAAGCUUACCCCAAAUCCGAAAAGCGGCUUGCCUCCUCCGUGAUCCAGGCACCACCUCCUCCUGGAAGUCCACCUCCAGAUCUGUCCUUCCUCCUCCUUCUACUUCCACCCUCUUCACAAACCACUUCAAUGCCGCCCAUCAUCCCCCUCCUCACCUGGAAUUGCCCAAUACCAAACACAGCGCCGUCUUCUUGCAUAACUGGAAGCAUCAGAAUCGCAAAUCAAAUCAUCAGUUCGAUGACGAUGACGAUGCUGAUGCUGAUGCUGAUGCUGCCUCCUCUUCUUGGGUUCAAGAUGACAGCUUUAGCGAUGCCAGAAACGGUGCCGAUUCCAAGAGUGACACCUAUUUACCCGACCCUCGCUCUGCUUCCCUCUUAUUCAGGUGCAGGGAUACAAAUCUUGUCUCUCCAAGACUCCUGCUUGGCUCCAGGAAAAAGGGUAAGCGAAAUACUACUACUACAUCUUCAUAUGUUUUAUCUACAAACCACCAACUAAAGGAUGAUUCUGACGAGGAUCUCCACAUUAUCUCAUCUGGAGCAUCCCCUUUGCUACUCAACCCCAAACCCAAACCCAAACCCAAACCCAAACCCAAGACGACUAAGGCUAGGUUGAAAAAAACUAGCAGAAAGCUGCACAAGGACAACUCUGUCUCUGUCUCUGCCUCUGCCUCUGUCUCCACCACUCCUGCACUCUCAACUAGUUCUUAUACUAGGUACUAUAAUCGUAAUCCUCCUAGCAAUGUUGGUUCUUGGGAUGCCACCACUACUUCAUUCAACGAUGGUGAUGAUGAGGUGGAUGAUCCCUUGGAUUUGCCUGCCCGUCAUGGAUGUGGGAUUCCUCGUUAUUGGUCCAAGAGACCCCCAAAACAUAAAACCUUGAGUAGGGUUGUUGCUCUCCCUCCCUUUCUGAUACUCUAAGGAGGAAAGGCACUAGCAUUCUCUGUGGAACUCAGUAUAUAUGACUGUUAGUUGAAUGUGGGCAAGGAAAUUGUUAUAGAAUAUUGUAGAUAUGUUUUUUCGUUUCUUUUCUUUGUCGAACAGCUGCUUGAUGUUUACAUCAUUAAUUGAUUGAUUGUUUUUGGUUUGAUCGCUAAUUUGUGAUUUAUAUUCUUCAUGUUCUGGAUUUCAUUUUGCAGUCUUAUCUUUUAGGAUAAGGGUUCUUCUCCACAGACAUCAAUUAUGCA